AUGUCAGGCCUCCACGAAGUACAGACGGGCACUGGCAGGUUGGCCAACAAGGUGGCCAUAGUGACAGGAGCCGCCUCAGGCUUCGGCCUUGCCACGGUCCGCAAAUUCAUCGAAGAAGGAGCCAAGGUCGUUGCGGCGGACCUGAACGAGCAGGGUCUACAAAAAGCCUACACUGACUCCGCAGACACUCACGUCGCGCUGGUCACGGCGAAUGUCACAUCUAGCGACGACUGGCAGAAGAUGGUCGACCUGGCAGUCACAAAGUUUGGGGGCCUGGAUAUACUGGUCAACAACGCCGGGACAAGCUACAAAAACAAGCCCACGUUGGAAGUCACAGAGGACGAGUACGACCGGGUCUUCGCGGUCAAUGUCAAGAGUAUCUUCUUAAGCGUGGCAGCUGCCAUUCCGGCGUUGAAGAACCGGGGUGGUGGUGCCAUCAUCAACGUUGCAAGUAUCGGUGCCAUGAGGCCAAGGCCCGGCCUGGUGUGGUAUAAUGCGAGUAAAGGCGCUGUUGCGAAUGCAACCAAAGGCCUUGCCGCCGAAUUCGGCAAAGACCAAAUCCGCAUCAACGCACUUUGCCCCCUUCUCUCCGGUACCGGUCUCUUCGAGAGCUUCGUCGGUGUGCCCUACACCGAAGAAAACAUGAAGAAGUUCCUGUUCAAUGUGCCGCUUGGGAGACUGACGGAUCCAAAGGAUGUGGCUAAUGUGGCGGCUUUCCUGGCGAGUGACGAGGGAAAGUUUGUUACCGGAGUGAAUUUGGAGGUUGACGGCGGACGAGCAGUCGGCUCGUAG